AUGCCCUGCAGUAAAGGCUUACAAAUGGUUUCGGCUGUUGUAAUGCUUGGGGCUUCAAAAUUUGUAGGUACAAAUUAUUCCGAUCGUAUUAUAAUUUCUGGAAAACGUCUUCAUUCACAACCUGCUACGUCAAGUAUCCUUUUGUCUUUCUUUGGUGAUAAAAAUCAUAAUCAACCAAUAUUAGACAUUUGUAUAACAUUACUCGAAAGAGAUUAUAAUUCGAUACUGGUGCAUGAUAGCUUCAUUCCAUCAUCAGAACAUCCAACCAUCAAACAUGAAUACAAUAUCGAUUUGAUUUUAUGUGAUGUUGUAAUGAUAAAUGGUGCUUGUUUAGAUGUUGCUCAUCUACUGUACAAGCCUUUGCUUGGAUAUGGAAGAAUUGCACCGGUUGGUGUUAAACUGAAACAUGAUCUCAGCGCAAAAUUAAAAGAUUCCUUAUUCUUAGCAAAUACUUUUUACGAACUUGAGUUAUCACAAUAUUUACCACCUAAAAUCCUGGAAAUUGAUCCAGCGUUGCUGGAUAAAUCUUCGCCGCACACACGAGAACUUUCAUCGGUUAUAAAAGAAUUUUAUCGUGAACCUUGGAACAAACAAUUUUCAACGCUUAAAAGAACCACUUUCUUUUACAAUGAUUCAUUGAAGCAAUUAAAAAAAAUAUCAUCAACGGUGUGA